UCUUAUCCUCCUCUCCCAAAACUUCUCUUCGAUACCACUCUCCGUAUCAUACCGUCUUUGCUUCCCCAGAUCCAACGUUGCCAUUCAACAGGAGCGCGACUUAGAUCGAGAAGUACCAGCAUUGCGGAAAGGAAUAAUACUUUCAAAGUCAAAUAAAUCCACAGAAGUGGUUUGGUUUUGCUCUGUCAUGCUUUGACUUGCUAUCGAUCUACUCCUCCGUUUUUCAGUCAUGGUUUGUAUUCACACUGAAAAUCAAAAUCAAGGGGACUUUUACCCUUUGUUCUACUGGAGAUUUCUGUUCUCCAUGAGUUCCCCUUAGGACGCCUGCGGUCACUCUGUUGUUACAGAGCGACCAGCCCUCACAACUGCUCAGCGACAAACAGUUAGUUACAACCAUGGGUGCGAAUGCCAUCAAAAAGCAAAAGCUUGCGGAAAGAAUCAAAUCUGGGCAAGCCGAGCAGCUGGCGGAACGAAGCCAGUCGACACAAUCACAGCAGCUGCCUGCACAAAGCCAAAAACAAGUUGCGAACGCGAACAGGGGGAAGGGAAAGGAGAACGCUGAUGUUAUUGAUUUAACAGAGCCUUCACUCACAGCCACUCCGUAUAAUUUGAUACAAACAGUAGCUCGUGAGAGGUACCCCGUUCUAUCCUUUGUUGGAUCCAUUGCGAGAGGAAAUGUGCAAGCCUCUUUGCAAGUGAGGCAGCCCGAUCCGCGAUAUCUUGGCGAUUUGAAAAAUCUUCAGAGGGACCUGGCAUUAGAAGACAGAGUUCAGUACGAUGCAAAUAAUGAUCAAGCUACAGAGCCGAAUCAGGAUGACAUACACGGCGUCCACCAACUCAUGAUGGCAUACUGGUCCGAGACAGUCUUGCACGAUUACAUGCCGCUGGAUCCCGAGCGUCAUGGCACAUUGCUGGCAAACGCCAAAGAGUCAAUUUUUCAUCAAGAGCCCAUCCAUUUCACAGAUGGCUUACCAUACGCCUCAAAUGGAACACCCCUCCCCACAAGUGUCAAAUUGUCCGACCUUCUCCUCGGCUUGAUAUGGCAAUACGCCCCACCAAAUGUCGACCUACAUGUGCUUUGGCCAGCAGACUUUGAUCGAUUCAAUGAGCCGUAUGCCGAUAGAUCGAAUGUCGGAAAUUCAUGUGCACCACGCAUCCACUGUCUCGAUUAUCCACAAGGUGGAGAGCUAGUUCGCGACCGUCGCAUCGGUUUCAUCCAAAUACUUGACGGCGAUGGAGAAAUCGAAUGGAUAUGUGUUUUAGGCGGAGAAGGCUACAGGAUGACUGGGGACGAUUUUCUCACAAUCCAGAUUGAGUUUCAUCAUCGGUUCGUUGAGAUAGAACGUUUUGCUAGGCCACAAGCUGUCAAAUCGCCUAGUUCCGAGCUUAGCAGGCGAGCAUUGAGAGACCCGGCACACCAUGCCCGCAGAGACCAAGUCUCAAUGUUUGAGGCGGCUUAUCGACAACUACUAAGUUAUCAAAACGCGACUAUACGUCAGACUUUGGGGGUCAAACCCAGUAGGGGAGUCAUCUUCAACAAAGUAAUGCCUUGGGACUUUACGUCUCAUGUAUUUCAAUCCGCCAUGUUAUCCCAAACUAUCUCCAAUAGAUAUAGGGAUAUGCACGACGAAUUAUGGGAAACCGCCAAGGUCGCCAUGCGCGAGUAUGAGACCACAAUACAGUUGAACAGCGCAUCCAAUGAACUGCUCACUGCGAGAAGAAAUUUAGCUCAAAGCAUCAACGCAAAUAGCUCUCUCGAUGUCGAAUUGAGGCGUGCUCUUAGCCGCGUACCAGAGCCUGUCACCUUACUUGAUACUGUCCCCCAUGAAAUCAUGCCCGAACACCAUCGACAUGUCAUUCGGCAGACUUGCGAUGCAAUCCGCCAGUUAUGCGGAGAUGUGCAACAACCGCACAUUGCAUUCGACAGCAAUGGUGUCUUUGUGGAAAAUCAUGAUCCGAUCAUAGAGCCCGAACGAAUACGCACUAUGUUCAUGGAUUCCUAUCGUGACGAUACACUCACGAAGUUAAUUCUAGGUGAAAUUCGACCCCCUAGCGAUGCGCCCCAGCGAAAGUUUUCAAGUCACCCUCCGCUAGCUCCAAGCGAUAAGAUGGGCAGCUCCACAAAGCCGUCAACUCCUGCCAAAACUCUCCUUUUUGGAAAAUCAUCGCAUGGCACUAGUACAGGUAGACGCUGUACAACAGAUCAGCAUCCAGUCAAAACUAGCCAAGUUUCGCCUUCUGGGCCCGCUCCACAAAGCUCUAAUUUAUCUCCCAGCGUCCAAGCAAACUGCAGUGGUGGCGAUGUGGAUGAUGCGUCGAGCGCGACCAUUCAAGGAGACCUCCCACGCACACCAACCACCUCUUCUAAAAAUACUCCAUUAUACAAUCGUUCGGGAUCGUCAGGUUCUGAGGGCGUGAGUUUCGAUCUGGGUAGCGGCUCCGCUGGAAAGAGAAGCAACAAGGAAACGUCGACAGGAUCCACUCAUAGCGAUUUCUUGGCACACUAUGGGACCGUUAUGACAAAGGCAGAGUGCAGAAGACAAGUAGUUGCUAAUAAUGACUACUUACCUAGGUUCCUGCGCCUACCCUCUGAGAUUGAUGAAAAUCGGGAGCCCUCUUGGCUACGUUCCUUUGUUGGUGGUGAUGACUACGGUACGGAUGGUGCGGGUGACUCUGAUACAGGGGUUCAUUGGGGUGAAGAGGAAUCGCGUACCCGAGGUGGUGAGAUGAGAAAUGUCUUGCGCAGAGCAGUAGACCACGCAUGGGAAAAGUUGAGGGAGCUCUCAUUACAUCGUGGUUGA